AUGGCACGGCCGACGGGUUUAUCUCCACUCGCACUCGUGACACUCGACCAGACUGACUUUGAGCUUCCCUCGACGUCGGUUUUUGGAAACGCAGCCAUCAUCCACUCAUUGCUGAGGGGGUUAACAUUGACCACUCUCGAAAUCUGGAGCAAGGGUCUCUCGUUCAUCGCCAUCGGCCGAUACUGCGAUCGGGCCAAUCGCACAUAUCGGUCUUCCAAAGAAACCGACGGUGAGCGGCAUUUGGCACCAGUUCUUCCUCCAGAAGCCUGGCUGGACUAUCAAGUCGUGGCCGGACGAAAACUAACGUGCUCCGUGCAUUUAGGCCGGAUUGCCAUCCAAGACGGUGCCUCGGUCUUUCGGUCGCGUCCUGACAGCGAGCGGUUUACGCAGGUGGAAGAGGACGAACGACCCCACGCGAAAGGUGCCCAUGAACGCUUGAACGAUGACGUCACCAUAACACGGGAUUGA